AUGCUCGUGCCUCCUGAGAUGAUGGCGGCGCAGUCCAAGCUCGUCUACCAGAUGAACAAGUACUACAACGAGCGGGUCGCCAACAGGAAGGCGCAGAUCACCAAGACCAUACACGAAGUGUGCCGGAUAGUGCAAGAUGUGCUCAAGGAGGUGGAGCUCCAGGAGCCUCGGUUCAUAUCCUCACUCACGGACUACAAUGGCCGGUUCGACGGCCUGGAAGUGGUGUCACCUCAUGAGUUUGAAAUAGUUAUUUAUUUGAAUCAAAUGGGCGUGUUAAACUUCGUGGACGACGGCUCCCUGCCCGGCUGCGCUGUGCUCAAGUUGAGUGACGGCAGGAAGCGCUCCAUGUCCCUGUGGGUCGAGUUCAUCACCGCCUCGGGCUACCUCUCCGCCAGGAAGAUACGCUCCAGGUUCCAGACCCUGGUCGCACAAGCUUGCGACAAGUGUUCCUACAGAGAUUGUGUCAAAAUGAUCGCAGAGACGACAGAGGUGAAGCUCAGAAUUCGUGAGCGGUAUAUUGUGCAAAUAACGCCCGCAUUCAAAUGCGCCGGACUGUGGCCGCGCUCCGCGGCGCACUGGCCGCUGCCCGCCAUACCCUGGCCACACCCUAACAUCGUGGCUGAGGUCAAAACUGAAGGCUUCGACUUACUGUCAAAGGAAUGUCUGGCACUGCAGGGAAAGAACUCUGCAAUGGAAGGCGACGCUUGGGUGUUGAGUUUCUUUGAGGCAGAGAACCGUCUGCUGCAGGGCGGCUGUCGGCGAAAGUGCUUAAGUAUAUUAAAGACGAUUCGCGACAGACAUUUAGACCUGCCCGGCAACCCGGUGACCUGCUACCACAUGAAGACGCUACUGCUGUACGAGUGCGAGAAGCACCCGCGGGAGCACGAGUGGGACGAGGUGGCCAUCGGGGACCGCAUCAACGGUAUCUUCCUGCAGCUGAUCUCGUCGCUGCAGUGCCGCCGCUGCCCGCAUUACUUCCUCCCGCACGUGGACCUGUUCAAGGGCAAGUCCCCGACGGCGCUGGAGAACGCCGCCAAGCAGGUGUGGCGGCUGACGCGGGAGAUGCUCACCAACUCGCGCGCCUUCGAGAAGCUGUGA